CCUGUAUUUCCGAGCCCGUUGAUAUUAAUUCCACUGUCACACUCAAGAUAACAAUGAAAAAACAAGCUGAUGCAUAACCAUGACGAACGCUUCCCGCACCAGCACAGCGGCCUCAGUGUCUCCUUGUUUAAAGCUGGAAGCCGUUUGGCUCAUGGUAGACCUUCCUGCUCCCUGUAGGCGCUGAGCAUCGGCCAUGAACCCCGGAGAAGAUGAGCGUCCCAUUAAGGAGGUGGGUUCCGCAGCCCCCCAAAAGAUGCGCUGCGGCCCCGACACCCGCGACCUCCGCAGUCCUUCGCGCAUCUGGCACCACCGAGUCCACGGUUAUAAAGGAUGGUGGGAGAGACGCUGCAGUCCUUGGCCAGUGUGCGCGCGUCGCGUGUCUCUUGUCUCUUCCCCGCUACUUGCUGAAAUUUUGGACAGAUGGGUGCUGCGCAGUGUGGUGUAGUGGUGCUGGCGGUCCUGCUGGGUGCGACGGUCGUCCUCGCAGCCAAACCAGGACCUAACAACAUUCGCUACCCAGACGAAAUCGUGUAUCCGAAGGUGAAGUGUGUGAAGGAGGGCGUCUUCCCGCACCCGAGGAACUGCAGCUGGUAUUACAGAUGUGUUGACCGGAUGAACAUCGGCUACUACUGGACGUACUACUUUGAGUGCGAGCCUGGCACAGUAUUCUCCGAUGAGCUUGACCAAUGUAUCCAUCCCUUCCUGGCCAAGGCCCCCUGCGGCGUCAAGCCCACCACCACCCCGCCACCGCCUACGACUCCCCCUUACCUCCAAUGCCACGGCGUGGAGGGGACAUGCAAGACCUACAAUGUGUGCCAGCCUGUUAAAGCGACCAGGUAUUUCUGUGACAAGAUCAGGUGUCCGCUGAGGACGCCCGAGCUAUCUUGUGCUGAAGGUUAUUCCUUCGACAUGGACAACAAGGUGUGCGGCAAGCCCCCCGCAGCCUACACCCUGUGCGGCGCCACGACCAAACUCAACAUCUCGGAGGAGGGUGAGCUGCCUUGCUCCGCGGACAACUUGAGGCCAGCAUCAGAGUUUAUCUCACGUCUCUACUGUGAUAAAUACCUGCUUUGUGACGGGAAUGUAUUCAAGGGCCGGAAAGAGCUGUGCCGGAACUACUACGAGUGUCAGCCUGAUGGCAGCGGCUGGAGGGCCUUCCUGCGCUCCUGCCCCAUCGGCCUGCUCUACAGCUACGAGCUGGACAAGUGUGAGCCGGCGCCCACAGAAGCGGAGCAGUGUAAUGCCUAAAGCUGUGGACGGUGGGCUACUUUACCAAAAUUAUUGCAAAUUUGUGUUACAAUUACAACAACAUUACAGAUGAACAUUACAUCUUUUUUUUAUAUAUGUUCCUUUUUCCGCCCAUUACGGCGGCCAUGUAUUUUCCAUUACAAGAAUUCCAAACACACGAUGAAAGGUAACAGCGUGGUAAUGCAUUCGGUUGUCUCGUACCAAAUUGUAGCCUUGAGGAAAUGUACCACCGCCGUGCGCCUGAUUCGUCGUCACGAGUUGCCCGGCCUAUGUCUGUCGUCCAAGUAAGGAGCCGGCCCUGAACAGCUUAAUUAAGCCCCCGAGGCAUCACAACAAUGUUUCCCUGCAUCGUCAUGGUCGCUUGGUGUAGAUGUCUGGCCGGAGAGAGGAACAAACAAUGCACACUGCACACCGGGCGACUGUGAUGGCAAGUGCUGGCUCUCAGUGGCUCAGCCAGUGGUGCUGAAAGCUGCCUUUUUCUAUGUAACCUGUCACGUGUCCAUUGCAUCCAUUGUUUAAUUACUUUGCAUUGUAUCGCGUUAUACUGCCGACGGGGAGGGUGUCAAGCAGCCUAUGUUCGACGGUGCACCAAAUCGGAAACUUUUAUAUAUCAUGGCAAGGAAAAUAACCUGCAAAGUGUAUCGCUUGAGGUUUCAGGCUCUUUCAGCUGCAAAUUUAGGAUGAUAUUUUUUUUAAGGAUGUGAUGAAUGCUACCUGAAGAGUAUGAAUUGUGUGAAUGGAGUUAUUUCUCCAGUAACAUGUCAAGUACAAAUUAUAUAAAUCUUCCUCCAAGAAAUAUGUGUUUCAGAAUGAUGGCAGUAAAUAAAUAAAAACAGUAUGAUAAGUACCACCAGUGGAGGGGAAAACAUGUACUAUUUGUGUAGGUUCUAAAACAAAAGGCAGAAGCAUGGAGUAAUGCCCAGCUGCUUCCCCUCUCACGCCCAUGCCCUGUCAACCACGAGGCCCCAGCCCUUCACGGGACGAAGUCUUGCCGCUUAGGCUGUGAUAGCUCCGUCCCUCCCUUUACCUGCUUCCUGCGCCCACUGCUAAGACUUUAUAUAGACGGACGCUAGAUGAACACACAUCGUCUGCGUUAUCCGUGUUCCCAGACUUUUACUCUUAAACAUCAUUUUUGUAUAUAUAUUUUUUUUAUAAAUCAGCGUCUCUGCCCAUGUAUGUGUUUUGUACCGAAAAAUAUACAACUAAGUUAA